GGCGUGCUGCCUGCUGCCGCCUGCGUGCGGCGUGCCCGUGCGGCCGUGCCGUGCCGAGCGACACUGAGAUCAGAGACGACAAGCAAAGCAAAGCCAACGGAGUCGAGACCGCGAUUACUAGGCACACUAGCUAGUUCGGGCAGCGAGCGGGGUGACGACGGCUAGCUAUGGCGUGCUACUCCGCCGUCCUGCAGCAUCCGCUGGGCUCCUCUCUCACGCCGUGCUCCGCCUCGCGAGCCCCACCACGCCUCCAGCGCGUGGGCGUGGCGGCAACCCCCUCGGUCGCCGCCUCCGCCCGCCCUCUUGCCCGCGUCAGGAUCUCACCGCGCUGCGCCUACUCCGGCGGAGCCGGCGCCACCCCUGGUGGGUCUGAGGAGCUACCCGCAGCGGCGCUCCGGCGGGUCCUGGAGACGCCUGGUGCGCACCAGGCGCCCGCCUGCUACGACGCGCUGAGCGCACGCCUCGUCGAGCGCGCCGGGUUCAGGGCCUGCUUCACGAGCGGUUUCUCAAUCUCUGCUGCACGACUUGGGUUACCAGAUGUUGGUCUCAUCUCUUACGGGGAAAUGAUUGAUCAGGGGCGUCUAAUUACUGAAGCAGUUUCAGUCCCUGUGAUCGGUGAUGCCGAUAAUGGUUAUGGGAACUGUAUGAAUGUCAAGAGGACAGUGAAAGGAUUUAUUAAUGCUGGUUUUGCUGGAAUUAUUCUUGAAGAUCAGGUGUCACCAAAAGCGUGUGGACAUACACAAGGAAGGAAGGUUGUCUCAAGGGAGGAAGCAAUUAUGCACAUAAAAGCAGCUGUCGAUGCCAGGAAUGAGAGUGGCUCUGAUAUUGUUAUUGUGGCAAGGACAGAUUCUCGUCAAGCUUUGUCUCUUGAUGAAGCAUUAUGGAGAGUAAGGGCCUUUGCUGAUGCUGGAGCAGAUCUUCUAUUCAUUGAUGCCCUUGCCUCAAGAGAAGAAAUGAAGGCAUUUUGUGCUAUCGCACCUGGAGUUCCAAAAAUGGCCAACAUGUUAGAAGGCGGUGGUAAAACUCCUAUACUGAGCCCUGUUGAACUGGAAGAAAUAGGUUAUAAAAUCAUAGCCUAUCCAUUAUCUCUGAUUGGUGUAUCAAUGCGUGCAAUGGAGGAUGCUCUUAUUGCUAUAAAGGGUGGUCGCAUACCUCCUCCAAGCAGUUUGCCAUCAUUUGAGGAGAUCAAGAAUACUCUUGGGUUCAACCACUAUUAUGAAGAAGAUAAACGAUAUGCGGUGACACCAGCCCAAUCAUUUUACGGGACUGGCUAUGAUAAUUAUACAAGUGAACCGAAAAAUCCAGGAGAUUCCAGGUCCAGGGCUGAAAAACCACAAGAACCUGUUAUUGACAUAUUGCCUCAGCUCUAUGAUAUUGGUUCCAGUGGCAGCAGAGGACCUUCAACUGGAAUGUGGUCUCGAACUCUUCGACUAAAGGUUACAGGAAGAGAUGGAGUCCUCAAAAUUGAUGCCAGGAUACCUGCUGGGUUCUUAGAAGGGAUGACAAGAGUUAUUCCAGGCUUGGCUGGAGCUAAUAUCAUGGAAAGGCUUCGGAAUGCGCCUAUUGAUACAGACAACCCCCAGAAUGGUCAGAUACUGCUUGAUUUUGAGGACGCUAUGGGAGAUAGGAUCCAGGUGUUUAUUGCAUGAGCUGAUUGUGCUGUCUUUGCUGGAAUGCUCGUACACAGCAAACUCUGAAAGCAUGGGUGUUACAAGUACGAUCAGGGUACAUGCAUCUUGCUAUUUAGUGCAAUCCUAUCUAGCAGUUGGAUUAGAUAAUUUGGACAUCAAUUAUGCCCGAGCAAACUAGUAUUUACAAAUGACAGACUUGUUCCUAUUCAUUGAGGCUGGAUGUACAUCAUUGGGAUUCCAUUAAAACACAGCUGGGGACUGCAGGAUAAGUUUCUCCGUAGCCUUGUUUCUGUGUUGAAAAAAUCCUGAAGUUGAUUGGAAAUAAAGAAGUAAACUCUUGUUGAGUUAUGAAA